AUGACUCUCUACUACAGCCUCGUUUUCCUGCUUCUGGUCUUUGAGAUGGCCGUUUUUCUGGCUCUCAUCGUUCCUCUGCCUUUCACCAUUAAGCGCAAGCUGUUCUCCUUCAUCUCCGAAAGCCCUCUUAUCGCCAAGCUCCAGUAUGGCCUGAAGAUCACUUUCAUCUUCAUCCUGAUCUUGUUCAUUGACAGCGUCAACCGUGUAUAUCGGGUGCAACAGGAGCUGGCAGCUUUCACGAAGGAUGGCACCGGUGUCGGAGCUGCCCAUCUCGGCACCGACCGUAUGGAGGUUCAAGCCCGCAAGUUCUACCCCCAGCGCAACAUGUACCUGUGUGGCUUCACCCUUUUCCUCUCUCUGAUCCUCAACCGCACCUACACCAUGAUUCUUGAGGUCCUCCGUCUCGAGGAUCGUGUCAAGUUCCUCGAAGGUGACAAGAAGGCUGGCGGCAAGGACUCUGCCCGUAUCGCCGAGGCCGGCUCCAUUGGCGAGAUUGGCGCUUUGAAGAAGGAGCUCGAGGCUAAGGACCGCGAUAUCGAGACCCUCAAGAAGCAGUGUGAGGGUUUGACCGCCGAGUACCACAAGCUGGGCGAUGAGGUAUCCUCUUCCAAGACCGACAAGAACGAGAAGAAGUCUUUGUAA